GGUGGGGGAGGGGAGAGCCGGCUGGCAGUGCCCUGGGGGACAGAAUUGGAGGCACAGUGAGUUGCCAGUGUGAUUUCAGUGCCCCGCCCCUCCAGGUCUUGCACGGGGCGGCUUUGCUGUCUCCCAGAAAGUUAGUAAACUCAGAACUGAGAGGCUCAGUGUGAGUUGCUUUCCUCCCACCGCAGUCUCCUGGCCCCUCCCGCUAGGGCAACUGGGGUUACCAGAAUAGUGGUUGUAUAUGAAUGUAUAUAAAUACUCCCCCCUCGCACGCAUUCCCUUUUUAAAAACAAGAAGUAGUAACCUACUAUUGCACAUGUGGUUUCUGGCUCUGGCUUUUUUAUCUUGGGCCAUGGCCUUGCAUUCCAUGUAUACAAAUCCGUGGAGGCUUCUCUGAUCUGGUCAGUUGAAAAGAAAACCUUAGGGCAGGGGAGAAUACUGCUCGUAAAGGGGUUGAAGCCUCUGCAGUGCCCAUGGUGGGCUUUAGGGGGGUCCACAAACCCUCUGACUGUGUAUGUAAAGUUGUGGAUGCAAAGGAAUCUUUCUGGAAAGAGCGACGGUGUCUUUCCAAGUGGCCUGUGGCCCCAAAAAGGCCAAAGCCACAGCUCUGGGUUAGAUGCGGAUUUACAGAGUAGAAGCUGGGGGCGGGGGUUAACCCAGCAGAGGGUGGAGCCCCUUGGCUCUUAGGCCCCCUGGGGGCUGCCCUGGCCGGGGCUGAGGGCAUGGGGUCCAGCUUCCAGCCCUGAUAACGUUUUUGGAAGAUGACUGGGACUUUCCUGCUCCCAAAGGAGCAUCCCCCUGCCAGCAGGGGGGUUCUGACCCUGAAAAUGGAGCAUGGGGCCUUCCUGGGAUCAGAGAACCCUAGUAGUCAGAGCUUGGAGGCCCUUAGCCUGGAUCAGUGGAAAUACCGAGGCCAGCGAGGGGCCAGCGGAUGAGUCCAAGGUCACCUGGCCAGGGGAAGCAGAGGUGGUUCCUGCCUGUGAUCUUGAGCUCAGUGAUCCUUCCCCUGCUAGAGAGGAAUGAAACUGGUAGGAGAGGCGCUCUGGAUGAAGUGGGGCUGCCCAUUGAUGCUUGCCUCUUGGUGUGUGGGUGAAGAAGAGAGGAUGCAUAGAGCAGAGGCCACAUCUCGGAUGGGGGUGUCAUCAUCACACUUCACGGCAUCCUGCAACAUCUCCUCCCUUGGCUGAAUCCUCACCCGAGGGCCCCAGGUAGCACUGGCCGCAGGGAAUUCUGAACCCAGCGAAGAACGCAGGGCCAAGAGGCUGUACUACAGGAUGUGACCGCUAGAGGGCAGCGGGCAAGCCGCUGCGGUGGCCCAGCCGCGGGAAGCUCUCGGGCUGGGAGAGGAGCGGAAGGAAGGGAAGGCACGGAGCAGAGGCCGGCCGGCGUGGCAGAGGUCUGGGCACCGCAGCCAGGGAGAGUGUCUGUCUAACCGUCAGUCAGUGAGAUCUGUUCUCACGUGCUUACUCGAGACACGAAGCGGACGAGACAUUUAAUGAUGAUAAUAGCAAUGUACAUUCAUUGAGUACUUACUUUGUGCCGGGCACUGGGUUAAUUAGUCCUCACAACAGCCUUGUUAAACUGAUCCCCCCUGUUCUGGUGAGAGAACAGAGGCACAGAGAGAUUCAGAAACCUGGUCAUCAGUGGGGCUCGUGCCAGAGCCCAUGUCCCAAGCACGCGGCUGUGCUGCAUUCUAUGCCUGGCAUUGACUAAAUGCUUUAAUUCUUUCAAUUCUUGCAACUGCUGCUGUGGUUGUACCCACUUUAUGGGUAGGGAAACUUCGGCGCAGAGACCUCUAGUGAAUCCAGGUCCACACACCUGCUCAGUGAUAUCCAGGUGGGUGUGGUUCCGUGGCUUGAGCCCUGAGCUACGAAUUCCAGUUCCCCAAUGGAGAGCUGUUUUUCACUCCCACCCUGUGCCCUAAUCUGAAGGUGGCUGGUACAGAAACCUGAGUUUUCCCCUGGGACUUCACUGAAUCCCCGGCUUCCAACACAAGUUACAGAUUCUGAGCUCCUGUGACUAAGGCUUGCCUGGAUUUUGACUACCUAGAGGUGGAGGAAGGUCAUGCCAAAGGCUGCUUAGAGCCCAGGGAGGGGUCGUGGGGCUCGCAGUCUGGCUUGGAGGACAAGGGCAUUGAAGAGUUCCUUGCAGUGGCCAGAGCUCCCCUGGGAACAGUGGGACCUGGCCCUGGGGCCUCUGGUUUCCAGGGCAGAUGCCUCCAGCAUACCAAGGAAGCUUGGCCAGUCCUAAGCCCGGCUCCGCCAGGCUGGCAGGAGAGUGGGGGCAUUUCUAGGAGGGCCUGACUUUCUUCAUCUUCCUGUUCCCACGCCCUCGCUUUGCCCUCCUGGGAGGCAGGGGGAUGGCCUGAGGCUAAGCCUUUGAACACAUUGCCCUUGCUCAGGCUAUACCUUGUGGACCCGAGCCCCACUUUCUUAGGGAUUUAGAAUGAGAUCCUUCAUUUACUCCUGAUUUAUUAGCCAAGGCAGCGGUUUCUAAUCUUGGCCUUAAAUUUCUCUGGGUUGGGGUGGGAAGAGGUGGUAGGGAGGCUCCCCUUGGUGGGUGAAUUCUGGUGGUACCAGAAUCUUGGAGUAAAGUGAAGUCUCCCCCAGCCUUCUGUUUCCUGUCUUGGUGGGGACCAAAGGGGAUUAAAUGUAGUGGGUCAAGGAGGAGGAUUUGAGCAUGGGCUCCAGAGAACACAGCCUGGGCAGGAAUUCUGGGUCUGGCCCCUUACUAGGAGUGUGAGCUGGGGAAAUUCAUCUGUAAAAUGGGGAUAUGAGGACAUCAGCCACAUAGGCUUGGUGUGAGGGCGAGAGGUGUUUUUCACUCCCACCCUGUGCCCUAACCUGUGAUCUCUUCUGGGAUAAACAUCGUGAAUACCCAGUAAGUGCUUGCUUCCCUCAUGUUCUCCCCCAUCCAUAAUUCCUAGAACAGUGCCUGCAUCAUGCUGGAUAGCUGACAGAUCUUUAUGAAUAAGUACAAAAAGAGUCCAUCCUAAAGAUGCGUAUUAGGACAUUGCAGCUGUGGUCUCUUACUCAAAUAACUUAAAAAUAUUACCUGUACGAUUAUUAAUGGUAUUCCCUACCUGUUCUUUAGAGGCAUCUGUCUUGGGACACUUAGGCAGGGUGGGCCCGCAUUUUGCAGGAGAAUCUAAUUUAAUGCAAGGAGGCAGUUUUCUCUGGGUACCUCAGCGAACCCUGUUGAUGGAGUCUGCAUUCUCUGCGGCCCUGGGGUGAGGUGGGGGUGGGAUGGGCUGGGGUCAGGGCUGUGGUUUUCUGUGAUCACACUGGAGGUUCCCAAGAGUCUAGGUUGUGUUCUUCCUAUAUUUACCGCCACCUGGUGACGUGGUACUCUUCCCUGUAGGUACUGAGCACAGGCUCAAACUUAAAAUUGGACUCUUAAGCCCCAGAUCCUCAGCUGGCCCACUGUUCUCUCAGCUCAGCCUCUGCACCCCUCCUGGAGGCAGCCAGACUGUUUCAGCUCUGUGUCUUCUCCGCUAAGCUGAUGGCAAAGGGGCUAGAGCACUGGCCCAAGAGUCGAUGCAGAUGGAUUUGAGUCUCUGCUAUUCCUUAUUUGCUUCUGCACAUUUGCUUAGUCUUUGAGCCUCAGUUUCUCCACCUAAACAAGCGAGGACCCUGACCUCCCAGAGGGGGCUCUAAGGAAUAUUGUGGUGUUUGGAGUUGGCUGAGCCACACAGCAGGGCAGGUUUGGGAACUGAGGAUCCACGAACCCCUCCCCGAAAGGAGCUGUGCCAAAUAGCGGGAUGUGGGAAGAAUAUUCACAAAGCACAAGUUCACCCCCUCCCCACCCCCAGCCAUGAUCGUUGAUCCACAAGACUUUGAUCAACAAGACCACAGCAAAGGAAAGGAUCUCUGAAUGUUACAUUACAGAUCGUCUGUACCCUUGGAAUGCUCAGUCUCUCUCUGGCUGAUUUAUACAUGGGCUGGGGACAUCAACUGGAUGAAGGCCAGGUGUGUGUAAGCUGGGGAAACAAGGUCAGGUCUCCUCAGAGGGAAAGUGUGGGCUCUGGGGAACCUGUGAGAUGUGUGUUAAACCAGGCACGUGAGCUCAGGCAGGUCACCCCACUCUCUGUGUCUCAGCUUCCUCGCCUGUGAAAUGGAGCUGAUCCUGGCCUCCCCGUGAUGCUCCUGUGCGGAAUAAAUGUGCAAGUGCAGGUAAAGGGCUUAGGAAGUAUUCGACGGAUGCUAACUGAAAUAAUGCCACAGUCUUGGGUUUGAACUUAGAAUCCGCGGAUAGCAUCCAGGUCGGGAACGCUCCCUGGUCCACUUAUGCUUUGAGUUUUAGGUAGCUGUUCUCGUCUCCGGUGUGGUUGGAAGAAGACCCUCCCUCCCUGGCUGUCCCUUCUGUGCGGGUCUUGGUGUCUGGGCUGUCCGGAAGGAGCUGUCAUUUACACCUGGAGGUCUGGGUCUGUUGGCCACACGGCUGCUGUACAGGUUGGGACUGCCGGCUAGGCCAGGAGACCUGGUAGCUGUGGACUCUCUAGCUUGGAGCAACCCUUCUUUGACCUCGCAUGGUGGAGAAGCAGCCCCAUGAAGGUGCCCAGCCAUGCAAUGUUCCUGGAAGGCCGUCCUCCUCCUUGCCCUGGCCUCAAUCGCCAUUCAGUACACCGCCAUCCGCACCUUCACCGCCAAGUCCUUCCACACCUGCCCGGGGCUGGCGGAGGCGGGGCUGGCGGAGCGGCUGUGCGAGGAGGGCCCCACCUUCGCCUACAACCUCUCCCGCAAGACCCACAUCCUCAUCCUGGCCACCACGCGCAGUGGCUCCUCCUUCGUGGGCCAGCUAUUCAACCAGCACCUGGACGUCUUCUACCUGUUCGAGCCUCUCUACCACGUCCAGAACACGCUCAUCCCCCGCUUCACCCAGGGCAAGAGCCCCGCGGACCGGCGCGUCAUGCUGGGCGCCAGCCGCGACCUCCUGAGGAGCCUCUAUGACUGUGACCUCUAUUUCUUGGAGAACUACAUCAAGCCCCCGCCCGUCAACCACACCACCGACAGGAUCUUCCGCCGCGGGGCCAGCAGGGUGCUGUGCUCCCGCCCCGUGUGCGACCCCCCGGGGUCCCCCGACCUGGUGCUGGAGGAGGGGGACUGCGUGCGCAAGUGCGGCUUGUUGAACUUGACGGUGGCCGCCGAGGCCUGUCGUGAGCGCAGCCACGUGGCCAUCAAGACGGUGCGGGUGCCCGAGGUGAACGACCUUCGGGCCCUGGUUGAAGACCCCCGGUUAAACCUCAAGGUCAUCCAGCUGGUCCGAGACCCGCGUGGCAUCCUGGCCUCCCGCAGCGAGACGUUCCGCGACACUUACCGCCUCUGGCGGCUCUGGUACGGCACGGGGAGGAAGCCCUACAACCUGGAUGUGACGCAGCUGACCACAGUGUGCGAGGACUUCUCCAACUCCGUGUCCACCGGCCUCAUGCGGCCCCCGUGGCUCAAGGGCAAGUACAUGUUGGUGCGCUACGAGGACCUGGCCAGGAACCCCAUGAAGAAGACCGAGGAGAUCUACGGUUUCCUGGGGAUACCCCUGGACAGCCAUGUGGCCCGCUGGAUCCAGAAUAACACGCGGGGCGACCCCACCUUGGGCAAGCACAAAUACGGCACCGUCCGAAACUCGGCGGCCACGGCCGAGAAGUGGCGCUUCCGCCUCUCCUAUGACAUUGUGGCCUUUGCCCAGAACGCCUGCCAGCGGGUGCUGGCGCAGCUGGGCUACAAGAUGGCCAUGUCGGAGGAGGAGCUCAAGAACCCCUCCGUCAGUCUGGUGGAGGAGCGGGACUUCCGCCCUUUCUCGUGACGAGGGCUGCGUGGGCGGGGGUGAGGGGCACGUGGUGUCGGUUUUGAUAAAAUGGACCGUUUUUUAACUGUUGCCUUAUUUCCCCCUCCCUCUCCUGCCCGGUCUUUGUGUCCUUCUCACUGCCCCACCCCGACCCCAACAGGCCCCGCCCACCCUCCACUCCUUCUGCCUCUUUUUGUCUCUGAAAUUUGCACUAUGUCUUGGACAGGAAUCACUGGGGCAGAGGGGGCGUGAAGCGGGGUAGAGCCCCCAGCCCACCCCCAUUCAGACACACGGCUGUUGGGUCUCUGCGUGGAUGGUGACAAUGUUUACAAGCACCACACUCACACAUUCACAUACACACCCAUGCACACACACGGGCGCCCACAAGGAGAGAUACCCCCAAACCGGGGAACUUCUGCAGCAUUUCCAGUGGCCCAGUAGUUGGGGUCUGGUAGUUUUGCACUGUCUUACUUCCACAAGGUAAGAGGGUAAAAACAAAAAGGCCACCUCUCUCUAAUUUAUGAAUGGUGUCUAAUCCCUCCCCAUCCUGCUUCUGCCCCCAGUGCCCACUGCCCACCUCCCCCGACCCCGGAGCAGAGAACAGUCUGCACCCACUCCCCCUCCCCGGCCUGCCCUUGCCUGCCCCUGAGCAGGUUUUUACUGUGAGGUGAAUGUGGACCUUGUUUAUUUUUUCCAGUCUGUGGCGAUGCUGUCUGUCUGUCUGUCUGAGUCUUGUGGCUGCCCCUGGACCAGUGACGGCUGAUAAAUCUUAUGGGUUUCUGAUUGAUCUCGGGGUCCAUCUGUAAUAUUUCUUUGUGCCAAAAGAAAAAAAAAAGUGGAUCAGUUUGCUAAAUGAACGUUGAAAUGCUUUAUCUGUGUUUUCUGUAAAUAAAAGAGUGCA